GCCCGUGAGGGGAAGUCGCGGAACGCACGGGAAAACGACGAGAGACGAGGCUGCCCGCCGCCGGCGUGGCCUCUUCCGGCAAGCGACACCGAGGCGGCGACGGCGGCGCGAGCUCGGCGGCGAUAGUAGCGCUGUGACGAACCAUCUCCAAUGUCCAUCCCCUCUUCCUCCCGUCCGCUGGAGGGUUGCCACGCCAAAAUCCACUUGAGGCAGCUCGACGGUGGUCGCGGCCACCUCGCGGAGGCGGUGCAAGCUGUCCAGCAUCACGGUGCUGAGGCACUGCACUUCGCCGCCUGGUGCAAGAAGGUGGAAGUGUGCGAGUACCUGGUUGAGGAUGUCCAGGUGGAUGUGGAUGCCGUUGACCAAGCAGGUAAAACACCUCUGGUUUGGGCAAUCACUGCUGAUAAAAGUGGGUACGUGAAUAUUUUCAGGUAUCUUCUUGAUCAUGGUGCCAAUCCAGAUAAUGUCGACAUAAUAGGGUUUACUCCUCUCCAUGAGGCCGCCAAAAUAGGGCAUUGUGAAAUAAUAGAACUCUUGCUCUCUAGAGGUGCUUAUGUCGAUCCAUUUUCUACGGAUCAUGGAACCCCGUUGCAUGUCGCUGCUCAACAUAAGCAGGAUGCAGCCAUGAAGAUUUUGUUGGAUCACCAUACAGAUUGUAACAAGAUACUAGGAUGUUUCUUGUCACCUCUCAAGAUCGCUAUCGAGAGUCACUCAGUGAAAUGUGUGAAACUACUGGUAAAGGCUGAUGCGGAUGUGAAGGGCAUCCGUAAUGUGACCCCCUUGCUUGCUGCUGCAAGACAUGACCUAACUGACGCCCUUAAGUGCCUACUGGAUGCUGGGGCAGAUCCCAAUGUUAAAGAUGAAUUUGGUCACUUGCCAAUACAUUUGGCGGCAUAUUUUGGUACACGCAAAGCCGCCGAGAUCCUAUAUGAAGUUACUUCUUCUCGUAUUCCAGCUAUAGAUGAUUUGAGCGUUGAUGGAAUAAUUAGUCAUGUUAAGGCAGAGCGAAAGUUCGAGGAUCUCCCUUUAUCUAAAAUGUCAGUAGCUGAGUUGAAAGAAGAAGGAGACAAAGCUUGGCAUAAAGAUGAUUACAAUGCGGCAUUAGAAUUCUACAAUGCGGCCAUGAUGCUUGACCUUGAAAAUCUUGAUGCAAUCCUGAUUGGCAAUAGGGGGUAUUGCCGGCUUCUACUGGGUAGAGACGGUGCUUUAAAUGAUGCCCAUAUGUGCAGGAAAAUGCGGCCUGAGUGCGCAGACUCAUGCUGGCUGGAAGGCUACUCAUAUUUGCAAGUAAAGGAGUACGAAAAAGCAUGUGAUUCAUUUCUUGAUGGUCUCAAAUUGAAGCCAGGAUUUGUUGGAAUCGAGAGGCAUUAAGGGAAGCUUUGAGAUUGUUGACAGAAUCUGACGCCAACAAGAAGAAUGGAUCUGAAGGACCUGCUGUAGUAUAUCGCCCCGUAUAUUUGUACCAUUGAAGAGAGCAAUUUGGCUAGUAUUUGGUCGUCUUAAACUCUUUGGCAAAUCGUCCGUUGCGCUCUGAAGAACGUGAUGCCUGCUACUGUGUAAGUAGACGGUGCUCGAACCAUGGAACACAUAUGAUGCCCUGAUUAACUGUACGUAGGUCUUUUGGCGCCGGCAGACACAGCCCUGAAUUAGGCCACGCACACUCAUAGCGAAUUGCUACAAAUUGUUGUAGCCAUGUGAUUGAUGGCACUCUGGCUCUGGGGUGAUGAUUCAGCUAGGUGAGGGUAUCAGUAGCUUUGUAGGUCAUCACACCAUACUGGUUGGUGCAUGCAGAGUUUAUUUCCUAUGACAUUUAUGUUCCUGGCCUUAGUUAGCGCCCACCCGUGGGUUUACCGAAAAAGGCUUUCGCCCCUUUUUAUAUAUAAAGCAAACCACAAGGCACAAGGUCCAACAAAAGUUCACAACACACACACGCACGCAAC